AUGGCUUACUACGAUACCGUCAGAUAUCCAAGCACCCUCUCUAAGAAGGCCGAGAAUUUCAAUGCCCUUUACGAAUCUGACGGAUGGGAGAGCGCUGUCAGUCGUUGGGGUCGCAAGCACCUAUUUCCAAGCCGAGUCAUCUGCAGCGAGCCCAAAAGACGCCUCGCUCUUUUCCACAGCUUUUACCCAGACAACCUAGACAAGUUACACCCAUGCAUCAAGCGACCGAUUUCAGGCCCGGGAGAACAUGCAAUUCUGGCCGAAAUGUGGGAGCCUCAAUGUGUCCAGCAGUAUCAGCCGGACAGCCUGGGCUAUACAUGGGCAGCGCUGGCCUUCUUUGCGCGAGCUGAACAAGUCAAACCGUCCCCUGCCCUGUCCGAGCGGCCCAAGAGAGAAAGAAAGCCAGCUUCCCGGCCCGAGGAAUUCGUCACGUUUACGAACAUCCGGAUAGGUAGCAGCUCACCAACCCAGCCAAGCUCAGGCGACGCAUCUGAUGCAAGCGCCGGGUUUACAAGCGAAGUUACGCCAACUCUUGUCGAAGAUCUCACUAUACGCCUGGCGAGCUGCUUUAUUCGACAAACAUAUACCAUCACCACGUCGCAAUAG